AUGGCUACCGAAACCCAACAGCCCACUCUCCGGAUCACAGAUCUCGAAUUGGAGAUCGUCUCAGAGAUCUUCCACUAUGUCAACGAUGAAUCUCCAAGAACUCUUUCAUCUUUAGCCCUGGUCAACAGUUACUUUCACUCGGCUGUAAAAUUAGUCAAGUACCACCGCACCAGUAUCAACUGGUCCGAUGACCAGAGCACCUGGUUUGUCGCACGCAAGAAAUUUGUUCCCGCUCAGCCUAACCAGCCCGCAUCUUUCAAGCUUCUCCAGUCCAACGUUAGUUGCAAAGAUCCCGUACUUCUCAAGCGGGUCCGAGUGUUGACAGUCGAGUCUCGCACACAUGAUUUGUGGGAGUGGAAAUUCCUUCCAGAAGCUGAUAGGGAACUCAUCGACAUCUUGAGUAAAGCUGCAAAUAUCAAGGUACUGAUAUGGAAGUGGGUCGUGGCACCUUCAGCGGGUAUCGUCGAAGCCCUAGAGAAAUAUCAUCCCAAAGCGCAGCUGAGAAUCUCUCGUAUCAACGUUCCUCAGAUCGCACACGAUGGAGAUACAGUACGAGCUGAGCUCGCAGCAAAGGCAUUGAGGAAGGCAACCUGCCUACAGACCUUUGCAGUGAGGAGAUAUGGAACGGAUGAUGUCUUGAGCACUUUCGACUACAGACUCAUUAUCUCUCAAGCACCUAACUUGGAGUAUGUCUCCCUCAUAGGUGAACACCGCGAACCUGAAUCAGGGGAUGUUCCGCGGAAACCAAAGCAUUCCAAACUUCGACAUCUGACAUUGGAUGGUUGGGAAUUGUCACAAGCUACGGUCGAAUACUGGUCAAAAUAUGUUGAUUGUGCAUCGCUUGUGAGUUUCAAGUGCAGCCGUGGGGCUCUCUCGUCCUCAUAUUUUGAGUGUGCAGCGAAUCUUCUUCCCAGUCUCGAGCAUGUCAGCCUAAAUUUGUCACCACAUACAUGUCCGCCAGAAACUGCUGCAGCAGUGCAGAGAUAUAUUGCCAACUGCGCACCUCUUACAAAGUUGAGUCUUUGGUCAUGGAUGGGCAAGGUCUCCUUGCAAACGAUUUUGGACCAUCACGGACGCUCAUUGGUCUCGUUGCAACUCCAUGAGCGUGAAGAAAUGAUGGACCCAUCAGGGCCGAAAGUCAUGUCUUUAGAAGAUCUUCGCUCAAUUAGGACAAACUGUCCUAAUCUCAAGUCGCUGACUUUUGACCUCAAGCGCAAAUCAAAGAAACCCAGCGUCAAUGAUUAUCUGCCAAUCCUGGAAGAGAUAGUCAAAAUGAACUUGGACACUUUGGAGAUCUACCUCGACAGUGGUUUGCCUUUCUUGUCGGUAGUGAAUAGGUUCACUCAAUUUCCUGAAGACGAGGCUGAAGAUGACGAGGACUACGAAGAUGACGAAGAAUAUGACGAGGAUGACGAGGAUGACAAUGAAGAAAGGACUCUAAACAAGAACAAAAACAAAGAGAAAGAUACCAACUUCACCACAAGAGCCGUAAUAUACGAAAAGUGUGAUGCCAUGGCUCGGAAUUCCUGCGGCGGGGCUUUUGACUCUAGGGAGCUGGAUUCCCUUCCAGACACAAAAUACGUGCUGAAUUCGUACUUCUGGGAUCGCGACCCUGAAUCUGACAAAGAGGUCAGCUUCCACCCUCCGACAUCGGCUGACGAUAUCUCUACCUUUACAGGUGAAAUGUGGAAAUUCAUCUAUGGAGCAAGAGUGAUUGGCCCAAGGACGCUAGAUCUCAAAUUUGGAGAGUGGGAGAGAAAAUCCAUGCCCAAUCUAUCUAGCCUGGAUGAUGGCGCCGCUUACAGGGAUAUCCGUGUUUGGACUCGCGCAAGACCUCAUGAGAGAGACGACAAAGCAGGUCAAUGUUUUGCUGAAAUGAAGUGUUGUGGUGGGAAACAUUGGAAGAAAUGGACGACUAGCUGA